CUCUAUCAAAAUUCAGGAGAAACCAAACAAAUUUUUGAGGGGAAAAAAAGAACAUAAUUUGCGAAGAAAAUUAUAGCCACGUACAUUUUGAGAGAUUCAGAUGAGAUAAGGGCUCAAAAACUUGUUUCCACAAAAAUUAUAUUUGCCAUUUAUCUCCAAAAAAUAUUUUCUUGAGUAAUAAAUCCACCCCACCCCUUCUUUGCUUCAUGUAGUUGUGCAAGUACAGCGACACCAAAACAAUUUUCUCACCUGCCAGUUUUGCAGAACACCUAGCUAUGGAGUCGGUGGCUAACCAAAGGAUUGCAAGGGUAUCAGCUCAUCUCCAACCUCCAAAUUCCCAGAUGGAGGAAAGCUGUGUUUUGAAGAGAACUGAUUGCAGAGCAAAAGGAGGAGCGCCUGGGUUCAAAGUGGCUAUCUUGGGUGCUGCUGGAGGGAUUGGGCAACCUCUUGCAAUGCUAAUGAAGAUGAAUCCUUUGGUCUCAGUUCUUCACCUCUAUGAUGUUGUGAAUGCUCCCGGGGUCACUGCUGAUAUUAGUCACAUGGACACUGGUGCUGUGGUUCGGGGUUUCCUAGGGCAGCCACAGCUUGAGAGUGCUCUUACAGGGAUGGACCUUGUGAUCAUACCUGCUGGUGUGCCAAGGAAGCCUGGAAUGACUAGAGAUGAUCUUUUCAAAAUCAAUGCUGGGAUCGUCAGAACUCUCUGCGAGGGAGUAGCAAAGUGCUGCCCCAAUGCGAUUGUCAACUUGAUCAGCAAUCCAGUUAAUUCUACAGUUCCAAUUGCAGCAGAGGUUUUCAAGAAAGCUGGAACUUAUGAUCCAAAGCGACUUCUAGGAGUUACAAUGCUUGAUGUUGUGAGAGCAAACACUUUCGUGGCAGAAGUUCUGGGACUUGAUCCUAGGGAAGUUGAUGUUCCAGUCGUUGGAGGCCAUGCUGGAGUUACAAUUUUGCCCCUUCUGUCGCAGGCUAAGCCCCCUUCCUCCUUCACCCCUGAAGAAACUGAAUACCUGACAAAACGAAUUCAAGAUGGUGGAACAGAAGUUGUUCAGGCAAAAGCUGGGGCUGGCUCUGCAACAUUGUCAAUGGCAUAUGCAGCUGUUAAAUUUGCAGAUGCCUGCCUCCGUGGCUUGAGGGGAGAUGCUGGUGUUGUCGAAUGUGCAUUUAUAGCUUCUGAGGUGACAGAACUUCCAUUCUUUGCGACCAAGGUACGGCUUGGCCGUAGAGGAGCUGAGGAAGUCUAUCAACUUGGUCCCCUAAACGAAUAUGAGAGGGUGGGAUUGCAAAAGGCGAAAAAGGAGUUGGCGGAAAGCAUUCAGAAGGGGAUUUCCUUCAUCAGGAAAUAGUUUCAAUUCAAGUGAAGCAAAUUAUGUAACGUUAACGAGUAGUUCCUUGUAUCCGGACCAGUUUGAAAUCAUCUCUUAUGAUAUUUGCCAAUUUGAAACUCA